CCUUAGCGAUGGGACCCGGUAGAGCGGAAGUCACUCCGUGAGGCAGUGGCGACAGCGGCGGCGAGAGGAUGAACAACAAGUUCGACGCCUUAAAAGAUGAUGACAGUGGAGACCAUGAUCAGAAUGAAGAAAACAGCACACAGAAAGAUGGUGAGAAGGAAAAAACAGACCGAGACAAGAGCCAGAGCAGUGGCAAGAGGAAGGCUGUUGUCCCUGGACCAGCAGAACAUCCCCUGCAGUACAACUACACCUUUUGGUACUCUAGGAGAACCCCUGGCCGUCCCACCAGUUCGCAGAGCUAUGAGCAGAACAUCAAGCAGAUUGGCACCUUUGCCUCUGUGGAGCAGUUCUGGAAGUUUUACAGCCACAUGGUACGUCCUGGGGACCUGACAGGCCACAGUGACUUUCAUCUCUUCAAAGAAGGGAUUAAACCUAUGUGGGAGGAUGAUGCAAAUAAAAAUGGGGGCAAGUGGAUCAUUCGACUCCGGAAGGGCUUAGCUUCCCGCUGCUGGGAGAAUCUCAUCUUGGCUAUGCUCGGGGAGCAAUUCAUGGUUGGGGAAGAGAUCUGCGGGGCUGUGGUCUCUGUCCGCUUUCAGGAGGACAUUAUUUCUAUAUGGAAUAAGACUGCCAGUGACCAAGCAACUACAGCCCGAAUCCGGGAUACUCUUCGGCGCGUGCUUAACCUACCUCCCAACACCAUUAUGGAAUACAAAACUCACACCGACAGCAUCAAGGCCUGGGAGGAGUUUCAUGGCCUGGUGAACAGCAGCGGCCGCUGAUCGGACGCUCCCCCUCUGUCUCUCACACUCAGGGGACAAUUCAAGCUUUCGAAAUACAAAAAUCACAUUGUGAAAGUGCACAAGCUGGCAGUAAUCCUUUUCUCUUUGUGUGUUUGUCUGAAUUGGAUGCGAGGCUCAGGCAGUUCUUCUGUCUGUUCACUGAAGGGGUAUACCUAAACCAUGGGCUCCCCUUCUGCACUCGUUCCUGGAAGACGGACUCUGCUAAACACCUUCCAGCAUUGCUGACCUUAUAAAGUGGGAAGAAUGGGGAAAAUGUGACUGUGUAACAGACAAACACUUUUUAGUGGGGUUCUGUGUGGGAGUGCAGCUGUCUCCUUGCUGUGUACUAUCCAGAUGCCUCUUGGCAUCCUGUUGUACUCUCCUGCUGAGCGAAGGACUUGAUGACCGACCACAUGUAUGUGCCCUAUGCUGGGUCUGAGCUGAGUGUUAUCAGUAUUAUGAAUGCUUGCACAUCCAGGAACAGCCUCUGCUUAGAGUUGAAGAGAACCAAAUGCCUCUUCCAGCUCUACCGUUAUUUUGUGUUCCCCUCCCCUAAGUCCACCACUUUGAACAUGUGUUAAGAUAUGAUGACAGCCUAGGAUUCUGUGUCCUUUGCGCCUUACACCUCCAAUGGGACUCUUCUUCUUGGGCACGGCAGCACUUAAAUUGUGAUCCCAGGCAGCACAGGUUUUGCUGAGAAAUGCUGAGGUUUCUGCCUCUAAGACAAGCUGGAGAAGAAUGCAGGUCAGUGAGAAGCCAGAUUACAGUGAGGUCCCACGUGUGGGGUUGGGCUGAGGGCAGUGACUGAAACCAGCCUCCCAUGUGAGCAGGACCUGUGUGCUGAGCAUGCCCAGUCGGGCUUGCAUGUCUGUCAUAGAGGAGGAAGCAGUGGCUGGUCAGUGCCACAUGAAAACAGUGUGUAGAACCCACAGUGCUGAAACAAUGAAGAAAUGGCAGCCUUGCUGAGUGCUUUCAUUUGAUGGCUGUGUCUGUAAGCUGUGGUUGGAAAAAACUUUUGGUCCUUGACACCUGGAUGUAGACAAAUUGUCCAGAUCCCUCGAUGCCCGGAAGGCUCCUCCAGGCAUGUCUUCAUCAGAGAAACUGACUUUGGGAGCCUGAGGCCAGAAAGGUCAGGAGUACCCAAGACCAAGGAAGAAAUGGGCAGUUGCAGCAGCUUCAAGUGCUCUGUACUGGGCUCUUGUGAGCCAAGAUGGCAGUACCUUAAAUUAAGGCCUCUCUUUAAAGCAUAUCCCUGAAGCCUGGGUGGGGUUCCUCGGCCUCAGGUCUCAGGAACUCUGAAGGUAACAGCAUCUCCUCGUGUCCUGAUGGACACUCUUCCAGCUUUCCAGUCACUGCUGGUUGGGAAUGCCCUCCCCUGAAAGAACAACACAGGGCCAAGAGGGAAGGUGUUUCUGAUGUGGGUGAAGCUAUCUGAGAAGAAAAUCCAACAGUGAUUGAAGCUCCAGGAAUCUGAUGAAUGCAUUCUGGGGUGGUUGUGAAGGGCUCCGCAACACCAGAGCAUCAUUGACUGUCAAGGAGACAAAGGCUGCCUCUGGAGGCUUGACGAAGCAGGAGGCCUCCACAUUUGCCUAUGUUCAUGUCGCCUCGAAAAUUCCAAAGAGCAGACAUUUGGACUUGCCUUCCUUUGGGCAUCUCGUGUGUGUGUGUGUGUGUGUGUGUGUGUGUGUGUGUGUGUGUGUGUGUGUACAUGUACAAUGUGUAUGAGUGGGGCCUGUGUCAGGUCUAGUGGUCUGGUUAGAUGUUUGUUUGCCUUUUUAAUCUCAUUUGUUCAGAUAUUUGAAUCUCUUGUGUUUUCUAGAGCUAUUUGUCUUUCCCUGUCCUCUUGGUCAUAGUAUUUGACAGUUGGGUUUUUUCCCUCCCAUCCAAAGUGUGCUCAUUAGAGGGGUUCUCACUGUCGGGCAGCAGCUUAACCCCAGUGUUCUUCCAGGUGCCCUGCCUAACAGCUCAAGGGGAAAUUGAACGCUCAGUUUACCCAAACCACCCACUUUUUUUUCAAGCUAGCUGGAGAAUUCUCUCCAUUUAUUUUGACUCCACAGGCCUCUGGUAGGCCGAGAUACCACAUAGUUACGGUUGUGGUAUCUGUUCUCCAAACUGGAGAGGCCCACCAGAGCCAAUGUGACCAGCAAGAUAGUUGCUGCUAGAAGGGGGAAUGAUGUUCGUGCUGUCCUCCUUAAUGCCUUCAUGGCCCACUCCUCUCAAGAGCCUUUCUCUUUGUUCUUUUGUUCAUGUUUGUAUAUUUUCCCUGUGACACUGGCAAUGGGGUACUUUUUCAUCCAGAGAAAAACUUGUCAGUGCUCCCAAGAAUGAAUUUCCAGGGAUUUGUGGGAGGGGAAGGAGCAGGGCCUGUGGCAGCGAGUUUUCGUGUUGCACUUUGAGAGGAUUGUCUACUGCAGUAAUAAAUGGAAAGUAUC